AUGCCCUCCCUCACCACCAAAGCCAAGCUUCUCGGCAAACAGAUCAUCGGUUACCCUGAAGCCACUGUCCCUGUCGUCACCGUCGCGGACUGGACGCGACAGCAUACCACGAAACAGCCAGCGAACGCAGUGGUGCGCUAUCUGCAGAGUCUGUUCCCCAUUCUGCAAUGGAUCAGUCGGUACAACCUCGGAUGGCUGUACGGUGAUGUCAUCGCCGGCUUGACGGUCGGCAUCGUGGUCGUCCCCCAGAGCAUGUCUUAUGCCCAGAUCGCCACGCUUCCCACGCAGUACGGUCUCUACUCCGCUUUUGUGGGAGUCGCCGUCUAUUGCCUCUUCGCCACCUCCAAGGAUGUCUCCAUCGGCCCCGUCGCAGUCAUGUCCCUCACCGUCUCCCGUAUCAUCGCCCAUGUCGAGGCUCACCACCCCGGACAAUGGGACGGUCCUCAGAUUGGUACCACCGUCGCUUUCAUUUGCGGCUUCAUCGUGCUCGGCGUCGGCCUCCUGAGGUUAGGCUGGCUCGUGGAGCUUAUCCCCGCGCCCGCCGUCAGUGGGUUCAUGACCGGAUCUGCGAUCAGUAUCGCCGCUGGCCAAGUCCCCGGACUGCUCGGAGAGUCCGGCUUCGACACCCGCGCUGAGACCUACAAGGUUAUCAUCAACUGCUUCAAGUUCUUGCCCCAUACACAACUCGACGCCGCGUUUGGGAUCACCGGUCUUGUCUGCCUGUACGGGUUUCGCAUAGUGUGCGACUGGUUGGGAGCCCGUUACCCCCGUCGGAAGCGCUUCUUCUUCUUCCUCUCCGUCUUCCGCAACGCCUUCGUCAUUGUCGUCCUGACCAUCGCGUCCUGGCUGUACUGCCGCCACCGCCGCAGUGCGUCCGGGAAAUAUCCGAUCAGGAUCCUUGAGACCGUGCCGCGCGGGUUCCAGCACGUCAAAUCUCCUGUUAUCGACCCCGAGCUGUUGUCCGCCAUGGCUGGCGAGCUCCCUGUCGCGACCAUCAUCCUCCUGCUCGAGCACAUCGCCAUUUCGAAGUCUUUUGGCCGCCUGAAUGGUUACAAAAUUAACCCCAACCAGGAGCUCAUCGCCAUCGGGGUCACCAACACUGUUGGGUCUGUAUUCGGCGCGUACCCCGCCACCGGCUCCUUCUCCCGCUCCGCGCUCAAGUCCAAGUCCGGCGUGCGCACCCCCGCCGCGGGCAUCCUCACCGCGCUCGUCGUCAUCGUCGCGCUCUACGGCCUCACCCCCGCCUUCUUCUGGAUCCCCAACGCGGCGCUCUCCGCGGUCAUCAUCCACGCCGUCGCCGACCUCGUCGCGUCCCCGCGCCAGGUGUACUCCUUCUGGCGCGUCUCGCCGCUCGAGUGGCUGAUCUGGGUCGCCGCCGUGCUCGUCACCGUCUUCUCCUCGAUCGAGAACGGGAUCUACACCUCCAUCUGCGCCUCGCUCGUGCUGCUCAUCAUCCGCGUCGCGCACCCGCGCGGCAGCUUCCUGGGCAAGGUCACGCUGCGCACCGCGGGGGCGCGCGACGGCGCCGACGGCGAGACGCGCGAGGUCUUCGUCCCGAUGACGCCCGCGCCGAAGGUGAAGGUGACGCCGCCGGCGCCGGGGAUCGUGGUGUACCGCUUCCAGGAGAGCGUCCUGUACCCGAACACGUCGCAGCUGAACGACGUGCUCGUCGACUGGGCGAAGACGAACACGCGGCGCGGGCUGGACAUGACCACGGUCCGGAUGAGCGACCGGCCGUGGAACGACCCGGGGCCGCGCCCGGGCCACGACGAGAACGCGGAGAACAUGGCGAAGCCGGCGCUGCACGCGAUCGUGCUCGACUUCUCUGCGGUGUCUCACAUCGACACGACCGGCGUGCAGUCCCUCAUCGACACGCGCACGGAGGUCGAGCGGUGGGCGGACGGCCCGGUCGAGUUCCACUUCGCCUCCGUGCUCUCGCCCUGGAUCCGCCGCGCGCUCGUCGCGGGCGGCUUCGGCGUCGGCGCCGUCCACGCGCACGUCCCGACCGAGAUCGCGCCCGUGGUGCCCUACCGCGGCGGGCGCACGCGGGUCGAAUCGCAGGGGAAGAGCGCGGACGUCGAGGAGGCCGUCGAGGGCGUGGAGGCGGACGAGGCGGACGCGCCGAUCGUGUCGGAGGAGACGCCCUUCUUCCACCUCGACCUCGCCGCGGCGGUGCGCGCGGCGGAGGCGGGCCUGAGCCGGAGCCGGACCGCGGCGUCGUCGACGUCGAGCAUCUCCAGUCCGGUGCCGGGGAAGAAGACGGCGGCAGAGGUGGUCGUGUCGGUGUAA